GGGACAGUCUAUCGUUUGAUAUUCAUACAAGUGAAUAAUAGAGUUCGUUACAAAAAGGAACGGUUAAACAGUUGUAUAUAAAAGUGAUAAUGAUGAUGACAUCUCAAACACUCGUGCUUCCACUGUUAGUUGCUGUAACAAUCGCAUUCCCUCAGAAAGAUGUCCCUAUUGUAAGAUACGAAAGCGAAGGUCCUAACCCAGACGGUUCCUGGAGAUGGAGUUACGAAGCUGGAAAUGGUAUCUCAGCUCAAGAACAAGGUUUAAUAAAAGGGGCCGGGGAUGAAGCAGGCCCAGAAGCUCAGGGAUCGUUUCAAUUCACUGCACCCGAAGGUGAACAAAUAGCGUUGCAGUACAUCGCAAACGAAGAAGGAUUCCAACCUCAAGGAGCCCAUCUGCCUACACCGCCACCAAUUCCUGAAGCCAUCCAAAGGUCUUUGGAGUGGAACGCAGCUCAUCCUGAAGAAGAACAGGCUGCAGCAGCGAGCAUUCAACAGCCCGUUUACAGACCAGCUGUCCAACCCGUAGUCAGGCCAAAUCCAGCAAGGUCUUUCGGACGAAGAUAUUAAACUGAAAGCUACACUUUACAUCUUAUUUAUUGUACUUACCUAACUUACUGUAUUAGGUGCUAGACUUAUAACCGUACGAGUCCCAUUAUUAUUGUCUUGUCUUGUCGCGUGUUGCAUUGCAAUAAUGUACAUUUGACUGUUAUUUCGAAACGAACGAAUUAUUGUGUAUUAUGCUCAUUUACGUAUUAAUUCGUUACGAAAUAAAUAUAAGCAGUAUUA